AUGACGCCGAAUCCAAGGAUGAUCAGUGAGAGGUUCAUGGCAAGAAAAGAGGGAAAGUUCAUACCCGCGACGACGCUGAAUCUGUUGGCGGCGGCUUGGAUCCAGUUUCAGACGCAUGAUUGGUUCUUUCAUGAACAGGAUCUCCAGAACAAACUCAACGUUCCGUUAGCCAAGGAUGACAAGUGGCUCGAGGAACACAUGAGCCUCUAUGCCACCAAGCCUGACGAGACUCUGGACUCAUCCGACAUCAAGUGUCCCGGGUACAAGAACCUCAAUACAGCCUGGUGGGACGGAUCACAGAUCUAUGGGUCUUCCGAGUCCGUGACGCAGAAACUCCGCAACCAUAAUCCGGAUGGUAAGCUACCGCUUGACAGUCGUGGACGGGAGCAGUUUCUCCCUCGCGACCAAGAUGGGAACGUCCUAACCGGGUUCAACGACAACUGGUGGGUGGGCAUGGAGAUCCUGCACACCCUGUUUGCGCUAGAGCACAACGCCAUUUGCGAUGCGCUCCGCAAGGACUAUCCGGACUGGAGCGGGGACCAGAUCUUCGACAAAGCGAGGUUGGUGAACUGUGCGUUGAUGGCCAAAAUCCAUACAGUCGAGUGGACGCCAGCAAUCCUAGCCCAUCCGGCGCUGCAGAUUGGAAUGGCUGCCAACUGGUGGGGGAUUGUCGGGGAGAAGCUGACCAAGAUCGCGGGAAGACUGUCAAAGACGAGCGAGAUCAUCAGCGGCAUUCCCGGCAGCGGAGCGGAGCAGGAUGGGACGCCGUACUCACUGACCGAAGAUCGACACAACCUUUACCAAAUCCCAAACCCUUUUGACUCCGCAGGUCUCUCCUUCGCCGACGUCUUCUACUCCUUCGGCAUCAACUACCCCGGCGCCAUAACCAACAACAACUACCCCGACUUCCUUCGCAACCUGCGCACCCCCGACGGCCAAGUCCGCGACUUGGGAACAGUUGACAUCCUCCGCGACCGCGAGCGUGGCGUCCCUCGUUACUGCGAAUUCCGGCGGAUGCUCCGCUUGUCCGUCCCCAAAACAUUUGAAGAUCUCACCGGCGGCAACAAGGUCCUAGCAGCAGAGUUGGCCGAAGCGUAUAACAAUGACAUCACCCUCGUUGACGCUCUGGUCGGGUCUCACUCGGAGCCGGUGAUUCCAGGGUUUGGAUUCAGCGAGACGGCGUUCAGGAUCUUUAUCCUGAUGGCAAGCCGGAGGCUGAAGAGCGAUCGGUUUAUUGCCGGGGAGUGGAACGAGAAGAUGUACACCAAGGUUGGGUUCAGAUGGGUGCAGGAUAGCGGGAUGAAGGAUGUAUUGGGAAGACAUUUCCCAGAGUUGAGAGAGACGCUGAAGGGGAGCAAGAACGUGUUUGCGCCUUGGGAGAUGAAGGUGGGGAGUAAGGAGUAUAAAGGGGUGGAGACCAAUGCGUAG